GCACAACACCUCCUGCUGCGUUCACGGUGUCCUCUUGUCGCAUAUUGAUCCAGCUAGCGGAUCGGUAGCUUUUGUGUCAGGAUGGUGUCUGUGCUGUGUAAAUGUUUGUCCGUUGUUUCUGGCUAAAGGUAUCUGGCAUUUGGCGGCUUUAAUGUUCCGUGCAGCUAAUCUAAAAACCAUCGGCAAAGCGGGAACCGGCUGGCACUUUCGCCGGACGAUGGACGAGCUGGUCCACGACCUGGUGUCAGCCCUGGAGGAGAGCUCUGAGCAGGCUGCCCGGGGGGGUUUCGGUGAUGGAGGAGACCAUGCGCUGGCCGUGGGCUGCCUGCUGAAGAGACAGGCUCGGAAGCGGAGGGGGAGAAAACGCCGCUCGGACAACCCGCACCCGCCUUGGGAGACGGGCCACCUCAGCGAGGGUUCAGAGUCCAGCGUGGAAGAACAUAAGGACUACCGUGCCAGCACAGGGGGAGUCUCUGCUGCCAACAGCCAUGCCCGCGACAACAGCGACUCAGAUGAACAACUUGGCCCCAAACGGCGCACCCUCCUAACAGCCGACACAGGACGAAGCAAGAGGCCGCUUUGGCCGGAUGACUUGGGUGUCUUGGGCUCCGCAGAGGGAACUCGCAGCCUUAGACGGAGACGUAAGGUCAAACGCAUGGCUGUAGACCCGCCUGUAGAACCAGAACCACCCUCUUCCACCAUGCUAGGGCCCCCACCUGUCCCCAAGGCCCGUGUUGGCAGCAGGCCGCACAGACUGGGUGCAAGUGAGGGCAGAGGGGCCAUGGAGCUCUGUGCAGUUGGACUGGUGGGGCCGGGGGGAGGGAAAAACAGGGUGAAGAAGAGGAAACUGGCCACCCACAGGCUGGGAAUGGAGGCGACAGAUGAGGGGGUGGUGGUGGAGAGCGAGGAUCCCAUUUCUUCUCCGACGGAAGGGGGCAAGGACAAGAUGGAGUUGGAGGAACAGAAAGGCUCGGAUGAGGACAUGAGUGACAGGUGUGAGACCAGCAGUGUCAGUAACAGCAGUGAUGGAGGCCUCUACACCAAUGAUGAGGGGAGGCAAGGUGACGAUGAGCAGAGUGACUGGUUCUAUGACGGUGAGCCGGGCUCCGGUUCAGGGCCCGGAGGUGCGUGUGGGAUAGCAGGAGUGGUUCCCUGGUGGGAGAGGGAGACGGGACCAGAGGAGCUGGACCUAGCUGACCCUGUCUUCAACAGUAUCCUCACUGGAUCCUUCCCUCUCAUGAGCCCUGGAGCACAGAGAGGGUUCCAGGCCAGGCUCAGUCGUCUCCAUGGAAACCAGCAGGCAUCUGAGGCGGGGCUGCAGGGCAGCUCCAGCCAAGGCUUCAGUGACAGACUGAGCAGACAAAGCCAGGACGCCCAUGAGCCUUGGUUCAGCUCGGGCUCGAGGAGAGAACAUGCACAGUUGCAUUGGGACCCACGGUCAGACAGAGGGCAUCGGAGAAGCUGUUCUGUAAAAACAGCCAGCAGACAGACCAGCGGGCACCUCGGCUCUCUAUGUACAGGGGAUGUCAAGCGGAGGCGAAAAGCAGCCCCCCUCGGUUCCACCGCCCCCUCAGGAUUAGUCGGGGAGAACGCGCCUCCCAUCCCUGACACCAACAUGGGGAGCCGCAUGUUGCAGACCAUGGGCUGGAGCCCGGGGAUGGGCCUGGGUCCAGAGGGCCGGGGCAUCACCGAACCCAUCCGGGCCACGCAAAGACCCAAAGGCACAGGUCUAGGUUUCAACUGAACACCUGGUAUUCGAAUCCUGAACCUGAAGCACGCUGGGACAAGACGCCCCAUAGCUACAAGUGUGACGGACAGGAAAUGCUUCUCAGUGCAAUGAACAAUAAAAACCGGUUCAGAAUAAUCCAGGAUAAGAGUCGUAAGAAGGGAAGGAAUAAGGCUUGUCCUAGCAACAGUCUGUGAUGAAAGAGAAACUUUUCCCAUAUUGGGGAAACUUCGAGAUGCGUGGGGUGUCCACACAGAUUGUUCCCACAAAAGAAAGUGAAUGACUGAAACGGAGCUGGAGAAAAGUCUGAAAACAUGUCCACUCAAGACACUCCAUGUUGGAGAAAAUAAAUGACAUUGAUGCCUCAUCGUUAGUGUGUUAAGCUGGCAUGCUGCCUCAGCCCCGUUACCUCAGAUGCCGUUGUCACAGGCAGGAAAACUGGGGUAAUUCUGACCAUAAACCGAAUGCGCAGAUGAUGGUGUGUAUUUUUUUGCCAGUCAGCGCUUUUGGUUGAAUUAAUGAUAAAUGGUUUUGUCCAAUAUUGCACAAGAAUUUUGGAAUCAAAGACUAUAUUAGGCCAUACCUCAAGAUUCAUUUAGGUUACUUUUUCUUUUUUAAUGUAAUGAAGUUCGGGUACACUGUAUGGAUGUGUAUUGGACUAUCUGGAUGGCUUUCCCAUCCAUUUUGAUGUUGGUUUAAUGGUUUAAUGGAAGAAGUCAUGUCAUCAGAAUGUUUUUAUCUAUCCUAAAACAACCGAUAAAAAUCAAACCCACAACUUUCCCUUCAUUUAGCACCACUAUGUAUGCAUGUGCAGCCGAAUGUUUACUAAGAAAACACGUGAGUUAAAGUCUUGGCAACGACUUGCUCGACUGUCCUAUUUUACCAAGUUUAUUUUAGGUAUUUUCUCCUAACAGAUGUUUGUACUGCAUACUGCAGUAUUUAACCAUCCUAGCCAUCUUAAAUGACAGUAUAUAACAAAAUGGUUAUAUGAUUGUGACAAGAAUUUCAGUGUUUCAAUACAGGUUUGGAAAUUCCCAUGAAAUACAGAGAAUUGUUGUCAUACACAUAUAAAGGUACCCUGUGUUCACAUGUGUUUUCACUCAAUCAGCCUGACCAGGACUGAGGGUUAGUACAGAUGUGAGGUCCAAACAGACAUCUGUGUGACUGCGGGGCCUUUACCUACAUUAAAAAAUGGAUGACGUUUAAUUACAUAUUUAAAAUUAGUUUUAGACCCAGUGUCAUUUACUUAACUGUGAUAUUUUUUUCUUGCAUUUAUUUAGGCUGUUGGGUAUUAUAGCUUACCUGCAACCAUAGAUUGUCCUGAAAACAGAUCAUUGUAAGUGCAGGUAGAGAGAUUAAAGUCUAAAAAAAAAUAAAAAAAAAUGAAAUUAUCAAUUAAAAA